AUGAAUAACAAAAAUAUUAAACAAAUUUCUUUCUUGCAAAGAAAUAGGAAAAGAUUUAUUACAGCUGCUGCACUUUCAACUGUUAUAUUUGCAACUGGUUCUAUAUUUCUUUACUUUUUAAAGAGUUGGUUAUAUAAACAACAAUUAAAAAUCACUGAGCAACAUUUCAUAAGAGAACAAAUUAAAAGAAGAUUUACUCAAACACAACACGAUUCAUUAAUCGUAUUAUAUGAAUUGUUACCUGUUUUUGUUUUGAUUUUGGCAAAAGACUAUAAUCUCGAUGAAUUAGUCAUCGCAUUAAGAGAUAAAAAGUUAAAGAAAUCACAAAUAAGUGCUGAGAAAAAUGCAACAGUAGAAGAUGGUAAUGUUGCCGGUACAUCUGGUUCUUCCAUUCCAGGUGGCACAAUUUCAGAAGUUACUGUUGACACUAACUUACCGCCUUAUAACCUAACACUGGGAGAUUCUCAAUUAGAAAGUUCUGAAAAAUAUGCUGAUUUUACAAAAGCACAAUUAUGGCAUGAAUUACAACUGAAGAGUCUUGUCAAACUAAUAACAAUAUCAUAUACAAUUUCGUCCUUAUUUUUAUUAACAAGAUUACAACUUAACAUAUUAACCAGAAGGGAAUAUUUGGCAACAGCAGUAAACAUUGCAAUUGAGCAAGAAAAUGCUAAGCAAAAGAAUAAUUCGAUAUCUAACUCAGUUUUCAAUUGGUUCUCAGGUUUUAUUUAUAAGAGCCCUGAUGAUAAUAAAGAUAAAUUGUCGAGUGAAGGCGAAAAUAUUGAGGCAGCAGAUUCCAAAACAAAAUUAAUGUAUAUUAACGAGCAAGCAUUUUUAUCAACUUCGUGGUGGAUAUUAAAUAAUGGUUAUUUAGUCUUUUCAGAAUUAGCCACAAGAAAAGUUGAUGAAUAUUUUUCAAAUUAUAAUCCAAAGGAUACUCUUUCGCUCAUGGAGUUUAGUAAUAACAUGUCUAAUAUUUUUCAUUCCAUUAACAAAGAAUUAUUCACUAACAACAUCAGUGAAAUUGAAACAAGUCAGCCUAUAAAUAAUAUAAGCGAUAUUUUUCUUCCAGAAGAUAGUAAAAUCGAUUAUAUGUUACAAAGAACCAUGGAUGAGAAUUCAUUAAAAGAGCUAUCAUCUGAUUCAUUGAUUUUGUCUCAAUUAUUAUCAGAAACUGCAGAAUAUUUAAACGAUAAAUCGUCGAUAAUAUCAUUAGAGUUAUUACUUAAUGAAUCUUUCCAAUUUAUAAUGAAUGAAAUCGAAAACUCAGUGCUUUCAAAGAUCAAGAAAUCUAAUAAAAAGGUUAAUAACGAAACGGUAGAAAACGAUGCAACCCAAGAAUCCGAUAUUAAAAAUAAAAAAGUACAAUUAGCAUUAAUAGCAAUGGCCGGUAAAGAUUGCUGUACAAAGAUGUUAAUUAAUAACAAUGAUCUAGUUCCAUUUAGAAACACUACUUCCACUCAAACUGUCAAAAACGAAUAUCUAAAAAGACUUGAUACUGUUACAUCUUUAAAUGAUUUGAGUGCUAGCGUGUAUGGAAAAGUAGAUUUCUAA